GGGAAACAACAGGUGCAUCCUUCAGUUGACAGGAAACUGCCCUGCAAAGUCUGUGUCUCUGCUUAGUUCAUGUCUGGAUCAGUUCAAUGCGGGGACCACCACAGUGGCUCUGAAACUAUUACAUUCUUCUCAUGCAGGCACCUCCAGCACCGCCUGUACCUCUGACACCCCCAGCACCUACAGUCCUUUCAGCUCCUUCAGUUUCUUCAGUUACAAACGAGUCUGCGCAGGAAGCAAAGACUGGAGGAAAGAGUUCUCCAUCAAGCAGCAUGAACAAGAGGGAGAAGAAAAUGACCAGUUCUCUUCAGCCUUCUGGGGAGAAGGUGUCAGGAAAGGAGGGGAGCCCCAUGGACAAACUAUCCAGACUCCAGCACGAGGUGUUCACGCUCACUGAGGAGCUCAAGUCACAAAAGGAGCUGGUGCGACUCCUUCACAAGGCCCUGGAGGCAGCACAGCAGGAGAAGAGGACCAGCAAACAGUUCUCCGAGCAGGUGGCCACCUGCAUGGCUGACCCCCAGCGUACCAUAGCCAACUCCAUGGGCACAGAGACCUUCUGCAGGCUGCAGGAGAAGAUUGAGCACCUCAAGGACGAUAUAGAGGCGCACAAGAUCCAAAACAAGUUCCUCAACUCUGAAAUCUACCAGCUUACUAAGCUGUGGAGGAACAGUUCAGAAGAGAAGGGCCUCCUGAUGAAGUGUGCCUACCUGGAGGCCAAAAACUGCCAGAUUGAGAGCAAGUACCUGGUCGUGCUGCGCAGGCUGCAGGAGAGCAAAGGGCUGGACAGCAGUCAGCAGGAGAUGGUGAAAAGGCUCAUUGAGGAUUCACUGCAGGGAGACAAGAAGGAUGUCUUUAAACUCAACCCUGUCAGUGAGUACGACGACUAUGGAUUCAAGACCAUUCCUGAUUAUGAAGUAGAGGACGUGAAGCUCCUGGCCAAAAUCCAGGCCCUGGAGAUCCGUUCCAACAACCUGCGCAACAAUGCGAUGGUGGACAAGCCUUUGCGGACCAGGUGGGCUAACUACCUGGCCAGCCGUCCCUUGGACCAGCUGGCUCCCUCCCCGGAGCUGAAGGGCCUGAUCCGGUGUGGGAUCCCUGUGGAGUACCGGGAGCAGGUGUGGCGCUGGAUCGUGAGGACACGGACGCAGGUCUCUAGGAAGCGGAAUCCCAAUCGCUACCAGGAGCUGAGGAAGCACUGCGAGGUGUCGGAGCACCCAGCCUCGCGGCAGAUCAGGCUGGACCUGCACCGCACCCUCACCAGCAAUAAGCACUUCUCCUCGCCCACCUCCGAUGCAGUCCAAAAGCUGCAGCGCAUUCUGCUAGCCUUCUCCUGGCAAAACCCCACCAUCGGCUACUGCCAGGGCCUCAACCGGUUGGCAGCUAUUGCACUUUUAGUUCUGAAGGAUGAAGAGGAUGCCUUCUGGUGUCUGGUGGCUGUUGUUGAAAUCAUAAUGCCACAAGACUACUACAGCAAAACCCUCACUGCCUCUCAGGCUGAUCAGAGGGUGUUCCGUGACUUUCUUGCUGAGAAGAUGCCUCGCCUGACAGCCCACUUCAAGGAGCACAGCAUUGAUCAUUCCCUCAUCACCUUCAACUGGUUCCUGGUGGUCUUCGUGGAAAGUCUGGUCAGCGACAUCCUGCUCAGAGUGUGGGAUGCUUUCCUCUAUGAGGGCACAAAGGUGAUAUUUCGCUAUGCACUGGCCCUCUUUAAGUACAAUGAAGAGGACAUUCUAAAAAUUCACGACAAUCUGGAAAUCUACCAAUACCUCCGUUUUUUCACCAAAACUAUCUCUGAUGGCAGGAAACUAAUGACCAUAGCAUUUAAUGAUAUGAACCCCUUCCCUAUGAAGCUGCUGAAGAACAGACGAGAGUUUCACAUGGAGAGGCUGACAGCCGAGCUGCUGGAGCUGGAGAGGAUACAGGAGGAGUUUGUGAAAGAACAACAAGUGGAGCGCAAAGACAAGGACCUGGACACUGCUGUCAGCGAAGACGAAGAAGUAAUACAGACUGCAGUUAGCUUGCAUCACACGUCCUGAAGUUAUUGAAAAAUUACACAUCACUGAUACUAUUUAAACUAAUUUGUUUGCCUUAUUAUUCCCUGCUGUGGAAUAUAGUGGGGCUUACAUAUUGUAUGUCACACAUACAUCUAACUGUUAUCCUUUGUCUGUUGUUGAGUAUAUAGGUAUGUCAGACUUACAUUUUUACAUGUACAGUUCGGCUCUUAUUUUGUAAUGGCGCGCGUGAUGUACCGACAUACUUGUUUUAGAGUCAACAAAUUAAGUUGACCAAACCUGUCAAAAUGCAGAAUAUUAAUGGAAAUAGGUGUGUUGGUAAUACACACACACUACAUCUCUGAAUGCUUGACUUCAAAUCCAGUUUAAGUCACACAUGAAAGGAGUAUGGUGGUCCUAAGCCCUCGGCUUCCACAUCACAAAACCAACACACAGUGCAGCACAAUUGGCACAAAGGAUAAACCUGUUUCUUAUCUCAUAAAACAGCCUUUUACUAUAAUUAUCAUCUGUCAGUCUCUGAAUUUCUUCAAUCAGCAGCUCCAUUCCACUCAGAUCAGUUCAGUAAAUUAAUUAUUUUGUAGUUUCCCAAGAAAACAAAAACUCAUUGGAGAUCUUGAAAAUUAAUGUCUUGAAAUGUGAUUAAUUUAGGCCAGGCUAAUCUGAACAAGUACAGAGAUUCCAUUUACUUUUCAGACCGGCAACCAGGUUCCAGAUUUUCUAAACGAGACUAUCUCUGAAAUAAACUUAUUUUUUAUCCAUUGGUUGUUUGUUUAUAUUCCUGUAAAUUGCUUAGUUCAGUUAUUGCUAAGUUAAGAGGAAGACGUUGCUUUGUUUAAUUAUGUUAAAUUGUAUGGCAAUCCUUCAUGAUUUGCAUGAAUUCACUUAGGUUUAGAGGUACAGUUUUAAUUCAUGUACCUCUGAUAAACCUAAACUAAGUGACGAAAGCAAAAACACAAACGUUUUUUACUUGAGCUUGAAAAGGAAAAAAUAGGAUGAAUACAGUGCUAUAUAUACUGUGUGUGUGUGUGUGUAU